AUGAAGAACGGCGAUCAUUGUGUUUGUCUACGAGACGCUUCCUUCAGGAAGUACCGGCGCUGUCAGCGCCUCGGAAAGACCUGCCGCAAAAUUCCCUUGCAGCUGCGUCGCCGGGUGGCUUGCCGCAAGUUCGACGACGAAUUGACGGCGGUCACCUCAUUCCUGCGUAAACAGGAGACACCUCAUUUGUUGCGGUCCCUUAACCGCAACGUUUUCCGACUUCUCACUGUGAUGAGUGCUGUAUCCGGGGGCCGCGUGCCUGCCCCGGAGGAGGAGGUCGAGUUUGAAAUGUAUGAAGGAGAAGUGGCCGAUGAAUAG